AACCGGAGCCGCUGGGCCUGGCGGCUCCCCGGGCUCUCCGCGCACUCUCGACCCCCGGCUGCGCCCUGGCCUUGCCAGGCUCUGUGCCUUCCUCUCGCGCCGCUUACUGGAGGUCGGUGUCAGCGACCUGUGAGAUAGCUUGACCCCCCGCCCCCCAUCCCUGUCAUGCCCUUUAUAGAUCUUGUGUGUGUAUAUGACCAAAAUAGAAGCAAUGUUUUCGUCCAGUGCCCUUUUAGGACGUGAUGACUUUUUCUUUUCUUUCUUCUUUUUUUAACCCAUUAAGUGACAGUUUUAAAAAAUUGAUAGAAAAGACGUACUUUGCCCAUCCCCGGAGACUGUCUUGUUUUCAGAGUUUUGGGGGUGAAUGUCAGCAAACGAGAAGCUCCUGUUUCUGUGCCCUCCUCUCUCCCUGACGUUUUUCAGAGGAGCUUCCCUUCCACCACUUCUCUUGUAUUCAGAGAGCCUUCCUCAAGGCCAUGAUCCUGAACACCUGACCGUUUGACAAGAACAGAGACGUUUUCUGAGUCCCAAAAUGGCAGCUAAAAUGGAGAUUACUUUGAGCCCGCACACUCGGGAUUCUGACAAGCAAGAGAGACACAUCAUAAGCAAGAUAGAAGAGAAACGAGGACCCUCUCAGCAAAAAGAUUGUCCGGAUCCUGAACUCUCCCGCCAGAGCUUUAGGCAGUUUUGUUAUGAAGAGGUGUCUGGGCCCCAAGAAGCACUCUGCCGCCUGCAACAGCUCUGCAGGCGGUGGUUGCAGCCCGAGCUACAUACCAAGGAGCAGAUUCUGGAGCUCCUGGUGAUGGAGCAGUUCCUGAUCAUCCUGCCCCCAGAGAUCCAGUCUCGCGUCAGACUUCGAUGCCCAAUGAGCAGCCAGGAGAUUGUGAGCCUAGUGGAAGAUUUUCACAGAGCAUCCAAAAAACCAAAGCAGUGGGUGGCCGUGUGUAUGCAAGGGCAGAAGGUGCUCUUGGAGAAAACGGGAGCUCAGCUUGCAGAACAGGAACUUCCAGACUUUCAACCAGAAACUCCUAGGAGAGGUCUCCAGGAGAAUUCUCUGGAGGAACCUUCCCAGGAAGGAUCUCAUGACCGGCUGAGUCCCCAUCUUUGGGAGAAGUCCCCGUUCCUCCAGGAACCAGCUCCCAAGUUGACUGGGACAGAGGCCUCCAGAAUGAGAAGUGACAACAAGGAAAAUCCACAAAAGGAAGGGGCCAAAGGAGCAAAAGCAUAUGUAGUGUUACCUGGACAACCUAAAGGGAAUAGUCUGCUGAGCUCUGAAACAAGAGGAAUGACUGUGAGUGAGCCUCGGUUGUCACAGAGGCAGGUCAGUCCCCCAAAUGCUCAGAAGCCAUUUUAUCACUAUCAGAGACAUUGGAGAGAACUGGAAUAUAUCAGUAGCCCCCUCAGAAGCCAUCCACUGAAAGAGUUGAAGAAAAGCAAAGGAGGCAAAAGAAGCCUGAACAGCCAUUUGCAGUGUCUUAGUCACCAGGUAAACCACUCAGUGAAGAAACCUUAUAAAUGCGAUGACUGUGGGAAAAGCUUCACAUGGAAUUCAGAGCUGAAACGGCAUAAGAGAGUGCAUACAGGAGAGAGACCUUAUACUUGUGGAGAGUGUGGAAACUGCUUUGGGAGACAGUCAACCCUGAAACUGCACCAGAGGAUCCACACUGGGGAGAAACCAUACCAGUGCAACCAGUGUGGGAAAAGCUUUCGCCAGAGCUCAAACCUCCACCAGCACCACAGGCUUCAUCAUGGGGACUAAAAAGGAUGCUGUAUACUUUGGAGUCCCAGGGAAGGGCUUCAUGCCUCUCCUUCCCCUUACUUAAGUUUAAACAACAGGGCAUCUGUGUGACUUGCUGUGUGUUUGAGGCCACCCUGAGACUACAUAGUUAAUUCCAGGUCAGCCUGGACCAGAGUGAGACUCUACCUUGAAAACCAAAAAGAACAACAACAACAAAAAAUCUAUUUUGCUAAAUAGGUAACAUUUGCUGGUUCCAGGGGUUAGGAUAUGAAUAUAUAUUAGGAGGGGCAUGAUUGGGUCCACCUACCACACCUGUCUAUCUUGAGUCACAGAAAGUAUCUGAAAAGAGAAGAAGCAUAAACAUACUAAGAACAUUGGCACAGAGUUUUGCAGCUUAGGAGAUUUCACAUAACUAGCCAGUGUGUUUUCUCUCUUCAGGUUAUAGAGCAGUACUUGUUUAAUUUGUUUGGGUGCCUGCUCAAUGAUAGGCCUUGAAUAAAUGAAGCAGUUUCACACUGAGCAUCAUUUUACUACCUUGCCUGCCUCUCCUUUGUGUAAGGCUCACCCCAAGCAGCGAUUCAAGUAAGUCAGAUGGCCUAGAAGAAGGGCCUUAGUUACUGUAUUCAGAUAAAGUGGUUCCCUCAUCCUUCUUCCCUAUGCAUGCUUCAUCGGACUCAGCAUAAGAUACUCACCUGGUUCCCUUGCUUCCCUGUGCAGGACCCUAAAGUAAAAAAAAAAAAAAAAGCACAUGCAGCCCUUGACCAUAGGGCAGCCCAUAGGUUCGGCCAUGUUUUCCAUAUCUGUCCUGGUACUUAACUGGUGUCUGUUGAGGGAUGAAUCCUGCUUUGUAUGUUUGGUCCCUUAGUUUCCCUCAAGGAACUCUAGGAGAAAGGAAGCACUGGUAGAUACUAGGGGGCAGAAGGUCAUAUAUCACAGGUCUCUGAAAAGCUUUUUCCCAUCUUUGCCCAAUCAGAACUUGUAAACCUAUCCCAUAAUUCUACUGCCACUCUCAACAGAAUUAGAGUAAUUCCUGCUAUACAGUGGACCGUUAAAAUUCUCCCCAAUUGUUUCUAAAAUGGACAUGCUACAUUUUAUGGCAUUAUUGAAAUGUUGCACUUAUCAGAACAUUUGUACACUUAAGAUGUACAGUUGGUCGGUCAGUUAUAGAAGUAUAGUGCUUUCAACGUCGAGCAGCUAUCGCUGCAGGCUAAUUUCAGGACACUUUCAAUAUUUCAGAGAAUAUCCUUAAAAUAAGCAGUCACUUGGGCUGCAGAGAUGGCUUAGCAGUUAACCACUUGCCUGUGAAGCCUAAGGAUCCUGGUUCGAGGCUUGAUUCUGCAGGACCCACAUAAACCAGAUGCACAAGGGGGCGCAUGCUUGCAGUGGGUUGAGACACUGAUGUGCCCAUUUUCUCUCUCUGUCACUCUCAAAUCAAUCAAUCAAUCAAUAAAUAAAUAAAUAAAAACAAAAAAAUAUAUUAAAAAUUAGUCACUUUCCAUUCCUGCCCCACCUUGAGUCCCCUUCCUUUGUUCACCGAACAUAGUAUCUCCAGGUCCAUUCAUGUUGACUCACCUUUAUCAGGACUCUCUUUAUUGCCAAAUAAUGCUCCAUUGUAUGAAGGGAUAUUUUUUUCAUCCAUUGAUUGUAUUGUACUUGCACUCUGACUAUUGUGAAUAAUGCUGCUAUGAACAUUAAUAUUCAA